AAAGCACUCGGCAGCUGGUGAAGGAAGGGGGGGGAGGGAGUCAGCUGAGCAUUGUGAGGGGAGGAAGCAUCAUCUGAUACAGAGGAAGGAGCUGCAGUGUAUAUGUGUGUGACAUUGUGCCACUGUAAGCGGAGAAAGUUCUCUCAAAAGGUGGUGUACAAAGAAAUUCUUCAACAUUAUUCGUUACUUGUCUUGAAGGUCAGCCAUGAUCCAUAGUCUGUUCCUGAUUAACCCUUCUGGGGAUAUCUUUCUGGAGAAACACUGGAAGAGUGUGGUGUCCCGCUCAGUCUGUGACUAUUUUUUUGAGGCUCAAGAGCGGGCAUCAGAAGCUGAAAACGUCCCCCCAAUCAUCCCAACCCCUCACCAUUACCUGCUUAGCGUUUACAGACAUGCUAUAUUUUUUGUUGCCGUUAUCCAAACAGAGGUUCCUCCACUCUUUGCUAUUGAGUUCCUUCACAGAGUAGUGGACACAUUCCAGGAUUAUUUUGGCUCAUGUUCUGAGGCUGUCAUCAAGGAAAAUGUGGUAGUUGUGUAUGAAGUUCUUGAAGAGAUGCUGGACAAUGGAUUCCCUCUUGCCACUGAGUCCAAUAUUCUGAAAGAGCUUAUCAAACCACCAACUAUUCUUCGCAGUGUAGUCAACACCAUCACAGGCAGCUCCAACGUCGGUGACCAGCUUCCCACAGGACAGCUCUCAGUAGUGCCAUGGAGACGUACAGGUGUAAAAUAUACCAACAAUGAGGCUUACUUCGAUGUUAUAGAAGAAAUCGAUGCUAUUAUCGACAAGUCAGGCUGCACAGUAACUGCUGAAAUCCAGGGUGUGAUUGACGCUUGUGUAAAACUGAGUGGAAUGCCUGAUUUGACACUAUCGUUUAUGAACCCUCGAUUACUGGAUGAUGUCAGCUUCCACCCAUGUGUUCGUUUCAAGCGAUGGGAGUCAGAGCGGAUUCUAUCCUUCAUCCCUCCUGAUGGUAACUUCCGCCUCCUGUCCUAUCAUGUUAGCGCACAGAAUCUGGUGGCAAUUCCAGUGUAUGUCAAACAUGGAAUAAGCUUCCGUGAAGGGGGCAGUUCUGGACGCUUUGAGGUGACACUGGGACCCAAGCAGAGCAUGGGCAAGUCUGUGGAGGGAGUCACUGUCACCGGACAAAUGCCAAAGGGUGUCCUCAACAUGACACUAACUUCUUCUCAGGGGACAUAUGUCUUUGACCCAGUGACAAAGUUGUUGUCAUGGGAUGUAGGAAAGAUUAACCCUCAGAAGCUGCCAUGUCUGAAAGGGACCAUGAUUCUUCAAGCUGGAACUUCCAAGCCAGAUGAGAACCCCACACUCAACCUUCACUUUAAGAUCCAGCAGCUGGCAAUAUCAGGAUUAAAAGUUAACAGACUGGACAUGUAUGGGGAGAAAUAUAAACCUUUUAAAGGCAUCAAAUACAUGACGAAGGCUGGCAAGUUCCAAGUCAGGACGUAAUGGAGAAUCUUAACCAUUCAGUAUCCAGAGCUACUACUGUUACCACAAUCUGUUGAACCAUUCCUGAUGCGUAAAAAAGAAUGGUGAAGACGAUCCUGUAUGUGUGUGUGUCUAGAGAGGGUGCUAUUUUAUACAUGUGUUUUGAAACACCUGUAUAGUUGCUGCUGCGUUAUUUUGCAGGAUGACUGUAAAGGAUGGGUCAUCUUUCCGUGGUGUAAUACAGAAAAGAAAUUGUGUGUGUUUAGGGAAAGCCUUAUAGUUUUGUUUACAUGCUGCCUUGCAGUGAAUAAGUGUAGUUUGAACAUCACCCUUGUACUGCAGCUCUGCUGUGUUAAACCAUUGGUACAAACUACUGAGUGUGAUCCUGCAGUGUUCUGUAUUGUGUUGCACUAUUAUACAAUCUUAAUUGGAUGUUCUACUCUUUUUUGAAAUACUGUAGUAUAAGUAUAGCACUGAUAUUAUAGUCCUAUUUCUUCACAUGGGAGAGUUCCACGUUCUGAUUGAUAAAUAUCCCUUGGAUAACAACUGCUUGCUGAUGGGUUAUGCAUGAGGCUAUUGCCAGUAAAACCUGACUAUGUCUGCUGGACAGUUUACUGGAAAUUAUCUUGUGAGAUGUUUGAUGCAAUGUGUAAUAAAACCUAUUAAGUCUAA